UGUUGAAUGACACAUCACUACCAGAGACUUGUGUUGUAAGUUUCAACUCGCAGCAUCGCUAAGCUACUUGUUGGCUAAUGUAGUUAGCUAAGCUGGCGUUCCAUCAGUCUUCUCUGUAACAGUCGGUGGAUCUACAUUAACGCGAUGGCUGUGGAGAUGAGCUCCACCUGCCCGGGCCUUUACUGUGGAAAAACCCUUAUUAACGGGACAAUUGAAGGAGAAUGUGGGGUGUGUCCCCGAGGUGAGAGAGCAAACCUGGAGAAGAUCUGUCAGAAGUGUACAGGUUCUCCGGAGCUGUACGACUGGCUGUACCUGGGCUUCAUGGCCAUGCUGCCGCUAGUCCUGCACUGGUUCUUCAUCGAGUGGUACUCAGGCAAGAAAAGUUCGAGCGCGGUGCUGCAACAUGUGACUGCUCUGUGUGAGUGCGGCGUGGCGGCUGUGAUCACCCUGCUGCUGAAUGAGCCUGUAGGAGAGCUGACUAUCCGCUCCUGUAGGGUCCAGAUGCUCUCUGACUGGUACACCAUGCUGUACAACCCAAGUCCAGACUACAUCAACACACUGCACUGCACCCAGGAGGCCGUUUUCCCUCUCUACACCAUCGUGCUGAUCUACUACGCCUUCUGCCUGGUGUUCAUGAUGCUGCUGCGGCCGCUGCUGGUGAAGAAGAUUGCGUGCGGUUUGGGGAAGACGGAUCGCUUCAAAAGUAUCUACGCUGCGCUGUACUUCUUCCCCAUACUCACUGUGCUGCAGGCGGUUGGAGGAGGACUCCUGUAUUAUGCGUUUCCCUACAUCAUUCUGGUCCUGUCCCUGGUCACGCUUGCUGUGUACAUGUCUGCUUCAGAGAUCCAGUCCUUUAAGAACCUUGUGGCCAAAAAGAAGCGUCUGGUGGUGCUGUUCAGUCAUUGGCUCCUCCACGCUUACGGCAUCAUCUCCAUCUCCCGAUUGGAUAAACUUGGGCAGGAUUUGCCGCUAUUGGCCCUCGUGCCUGGACCCGCACUCUUUUAUUUACUCACGGCCCGAUUCACUGAACCCAACCGCAUUUUAUCAGAAGGAGGAAACGGACACUGAGGCGCUGACGUGUGUUAUGUGCGUCUUCUAACUUUAUCAGCGCACUACAGCUGUGAGUCUUUAGCUGUGAGUCUCCUGUCGAAAAGGAAACCCGUCUCACCUAAAAUCUGUCUCCUGCCUCAGGUCUGCAGAUCAGGAAGUCAUUAUAAAGUUUCAUGUCGAAAUCAAACGAGUGCUUUACAAAUCUGGACUUUUGCUGCUAUUUUAACGAAGCGUUUAUGUAGAAAUGAAAUGACCGAGCUUUCAGUUUAUGUAGAAAUGAAAUGACCGAGCUUUCAGUUCUGGAUGUGAUUUUGUUCUGUGACUCGUCAGCUACGUAGUCGAGUAAAUUCCAGGUUAAGGUGUAAACUCUACAUUUCAUUUAUCGCUUUUUCUUUAAACUGAGGAAAUAAAUGUCCUGUUUUUUUUUUUUUUUUUACUGUUUAUUUAAGAAUAGUUCAGUUCAUUUAUCGAGAAUGUCGAUGGUUUAAUUUAACUAUCUAGAAAUAGCAGCGAUGCUUAAAAUUUGCACGUCAUUUCUUCAUCUAUUCAGACAAACGUGGACUUUACAGCAGAGCCGUGAUGCUGGAGAUAAACAAAGACACGGUCAGUCAGGAGCUGUAACCAUCACAGACCUUGUAUUUUUGUUAAGUACAGAUCAAAUCCUUCAUGAACGACUCUGGAAUCUGUGUUGUCUUUAAACCUCCAUGUAAAGAUGCUGAACAGCUUCGACACUCAGCCACUGAGCUGUAAAUUAUUACUCAAUGGUACAUUUUUUUACUUUCUGAUGGACUCUGUGUGGGUGUGUGUGUGUGUGGGUGUGUGUGUGUGUGUGUUUUCCUUUUCUCUCUGUUGUGUUUAUUGCAGCUGGUCUGUGAGACCUUCUCCUUAUUUAUCCUGUUAUUUGUCUCUUUUUGUGAUCUUCUCUGUGCCAAACUGUCGCAUGCGUGAGGUGAAGAUGAUUAUAAAUGUUUUCGGGUCAUUAACUCGGAUCACGUGACGUACGUGUGAGAGACGUCUCUAUCUCUGUAUCUAUAUCUGUGUAUCUAGACAUUUUUAAGCAUGUUUAAUGUGUGUGUGUGUGUGUGUGUAUAAUGUCUCUGAAUCCUGCAUGUAAAUAGAUCUGUUCAGGGUUUCACUGUUGAGAAGAAAUCGAAGCAGACGUGUGAAGUUAUUAGUGCAAUAUAAACAGAUGAAAAAAAGAAUUCUCUUCAUGAGUUUUACACGUCGCUACCGAGAUACGACUGUUUCAGCUUUUCUCAUCUUUUAUAAAUAAACAUUACGAUUGAA